AUGGAGAAAAUACGAGCUAUACUUCAAUACGAGCCAACCACAAGCGGGCUACGGAAUCCUUUGCGGGGCAAUGUGCAGCCGGAAGCCGACGCGUGCAAGGCUGAACGGGCACCUUUCUCCGGCGUAACGGCUUCCUGGACAGCUCUACUGAAAUACAUGACCAUGGCAGACGACCAGAACUUAGGAAUCGGCAGCGGACUCGUGGAGAUCGCGGCCCUCACCGCUCUCAUUGGCGGAUCAACGGCCGAGUCGCUUGCUUUGGGGACUCGUGGUGCUUGUGGUUUACCUUGGGCGGCCAUGAGCUGCUUUGGAUCGAUGUUCACUUUGAAAGCCUGUGUAUCGGCUUGCACGCCUGCAUGGCUCCGUGAAACGAUUGGUGUGAGGACGAAAGGGUCCGACAAUGCAGUCGGCUAUGGUAGGCGACUUGAUAAGAAGGCGAAUGGCAGGCGAAUGACUGGCGAGGCUAUGGGUGUAAUGGUGGAGUGGAGCAAGGACAAAGGAACUCCAAAAAGUCAGGAUUGCGACGCAUUCGAAGAAGUGUACGCCUUCGAUGAGUGGACAGCCGGCCCGUUACGCUCUUGCACAGUUCUGGAGCCUGGGCAGCAUCUUCAGGCACAUUGUUAUAUGCGAGACCCGCAAUGGGCACCAGUCCAUCGCUUCCAAAUCAAGGCUGACUGGUUCUACACCUUUCUGAGCCUGGCAAAGUUCGUGGAGAUGUUCCUGCUAUAUUACUACGGCUCCCAUCACAUAUACUGGAUUACCGGACUUACUUGGGCAUACUUUUUCGUCUCUGCGACUAUUCUUCAGCUCAUUAGUCUGGGUAGAGCAUCACAUUCAAGCCUUCAGAGCAAGUGCAUCGAUAUUGUCCAAGGAAAACUUCCCAACCCCCAGGUCAUAGGCGGAGAGCGUAAGGUUCUCUUUGACGUUCCCACCAACCAUCGAAAGAGCCGCCUUUGGAGUACUAUUUGGGCCAUGGGCUCGGUUAUCUGUGGCUGUUCUCUUGUUGCCACCUACGCACAGCUGUCCAAGGAGCCCGUAGUUUGUUUCCAUAUCUGGCUGGCCUUCCAGGUGUUGUGGCUUUCACUGCGUUCCAUUUUCUUCCAUUUUGCCCGGCGAACCGACGAUAUGGAGCGUAUCAUCACGCCAGCCGUCACGGGUAAGCAGCGACCCUCGCAGUUGAGUCUGCGGCUGCUCGGAUUAUCUGUCGCAAUCUCCAAGCACCAGGUUCUUAAUCAUCCUCGCGGAGCUUAUAGCUAUAAAGAGGAUGCAGACGAUCCUACCAUCAUCAGAGACUACUUGGCCCGCGGGGACUUCGAAUUCCUCGAUCACCUCCAGCUUGCACACGACGCCACUCCCGGAUCCACCGUCAAACUCUCCAUCGUGUGCGUCAUCGGCGACACCCUUCUUUCGAGCGUGGCCUGGCUCAUGGGCUCGCCACUCACGGGCAUGGACCUCUACGACUGCUGCAUCCUCGUACUACGCUCCUCGGACAAGACAUUGCUGGUACCCGCAUGCCGCGUCCUCUCCGGUCGAGUCGACUAUGGAAAUCUGGACCCGGAGUUGACGGUGCCGUCGAGCUUUUUACCCAAGGGCGUCUCGAACGAUGGGACGGAUAUCAGUUGGCGAUAUUGGAUUCCAUGCGGUGGGGACAAGUGGGCGUAUUAUAGCACGCCGUGGGCGAUGCCGGCAAAGCAAGGUCAAGGGAUCGUUGGCGAAAAGGAGAUGCAGGUCACAUGUGGGGAUCGUAUCACGGAGGAACUGAUGACGGGGAAACUGUUGGUGAGUUUCACGAGUGUGAAGGAUGUGGAGGGUGCGGUUGCACAGUCUGCGGCUGCGGCGAGGAUUUUGAAGAAUAUGCUGCUGGACACGACAAUUGAUUCCUCUGGAUAUUAG